AAAACGCUGAGUGAGCCGGGGAGGGGCUCCUUAAAGAAACGCUGCCAUCGCUGGCAUUUUUUGGCCAUAAAGAAUUCGGGUAACUGCGUCCUUCAUCCCACUGGAAAAACUUUGGGGGCAGCUCCUGACUUUGCAGUGUGACAGGAACAAAGAGUCAAAAAAGCUGUCACCAGUGAGAGCUAUAACCCCGGCUGCCUGCCCUCCCUCUCCUCUCCUAAGUGCUGGCCACCUCGGCUUCCUUUGUGUCUGUGCCUGCUACCCAGGCGGGUGUAGUAGUGCUAGAUCAUGCCCAGCUCGCUGUUUGCAGAUAUGGAGAGGAGUGGGAGCGGUGGAGGAGGCGAGACCUUGGAUGACCAAAGAGCUCUACAGAUAGCCCUUGAUCAGCUCUCCUUGCUGGGACUGGACAAUGACGAGAGCUCAAUGUACGACAACGAGCCCCGGAAAAAGAGCGUCAACAUGACCGAGUGUGUCCCGGUGCCAAGCUCAGAACAUGUGGCAGAGAUUGUGGGCAGGCAAGGUUGUAAAAUCAAAGCUCUGCGGGCAAAAACCAACACCUACAUCAAGACCCCAGUCCGUGGGGAGGAGCCUGUCUUUGUUGUGACUGGGAGAAAGGAAGAUGUAGCCAUGGCUAGGAGAGAGAUCAUCUCAGCUGCUGAGCACUUCUCUAUGAUCAGAGCAUCACGGAACAAAAAUGCAUUGAAUGGUGGAGGUUCAGUGCCUGGACCCCCCAACCUCCCUGGACAGACCACCAUCCAAGUUCGUGUUCCUUAUAGAGUGGUGGGGUUAGUGGUGGGACCUAAAGGUGCCACUAUUAAAAGAAUUCAGCAGCAGACUCACACUUACAUUGUCACCCCAAGCAGAGAUAAAGAGCCUGUGUUUGAGGUGACUGGAAUGCCAGAGAAUGUGGAUAGAGCUCGAGAGGAAAUAGAGGCUCAUAUUGCUGUUCGCACUGGAGGAAUUAUAGAGCUAACUGAUGAUAAUGACUUUCAUGCAAACGGUACUGAUGUUGGCUUUGAUCUGCAUGGCACUGGGAGCUUAUGGAGCAAACCAACUCCUGGCGUUAACCACAGCACAGGGUCACGCAAGGCUUUCUCUAACUACCGCAAUGAUAGCUCAAGCUCCCUUGGAAGUGCCUCUACUGACUCUUACUUUGGGGGAACUAAUGGUACUAGGCUUGCAGACUACAGCCCGCCCAGCCCUGCUCUCAGCUUCACCAAUAAUGGUAACAACAAUAAUAAUGUGAAUGGCAAUGGAUAUGUGUAUACCAGCGAGAGCAUCUCACCUGACUGCACUGACCUGAGUUUUGAUUCAGGCUUUGACCCCGCUCCUGCUCCUCCUGGCUCAACUUUGCUAUGGUCCCAGUUUGAACGCACUUCUGGCACUACAACCUCCAGUGUUCCACCAAUUUCUACCUACAAUGCUAAUGGGCUGCUGACAAAUCACAGGCGGCUUAAUGGGGUAGGCUGCACCGCUCCACCAAGGCUUUCCCCUCCUUUGCAUGGCAGCAAUGGGGUCUCAGAGCAUCCUUUAGCACGCAGGGUACGCAGUGAUCCUGGAGGUGGUCUGAGCUACUCUGCUUACAGCAACAUGGGAUCUGACUCCUCAUCUUCCUCCUCCUCCAGCAGCAGUUCUUCUUCCAGCUCAUCUUCCUCUUCAUCUGGCAUGAGGAGGAAAGGCAGCCGCGACUGCUCAAUCUGUUUUGAGAGUGAGGUGAUCGCUGCCUUGGUCCCCUGCGGGCACAACCUGUUCUGUAUGGAGUGUGCAAACCGCAUCUGUGAGAAGAAUGAGCCGCAGUGCCCAGUGUGCCACACUGCAGUCACUCAGGCCAUACGCAUUUUCUCUUAGAACAAACGCUCAAGCCUUUGAUAUCUAUUAAAUAUCAUGAAAAAUGAAACACAUGCCCUGAGGCUACAUUCCCACUUGUAUGGUGAAAUACACGUGCAUGUGUGUGUGUAUAUAUAUUAUUUUCAAGAUUUUAUAAUAUAUUAAUAUAUUAUAAUAUAUUAAUAUACAAAUAUAUAUAUAAAUAUAUAUAAUCGUAUAAUAUUGCUUAAUGUGCCCUAAAUUGUGCUAUUUAAAAGAGGCAUACCAGUCUGUGCUAUUGUUUAAUUAACUGCUGCCUAUAGUAGCUUUUAUUGUAGGCACCAAAGAUAUUGAUUAAUUUACAGAAGGGAAGAUGUCAAGUUGUGUAUGUCUCUUUAAGCUUCCCCUACCUAUUUUGUGUAUUGUCAAAAACAUGCUCUGUUUUUUUACCUGUUCUCUUUAGUAUAAAAAUAAAACACCUGCAGGAAUUUUUUUUUUAAAAUGCACUCACUACAGAAGCAAUAUUUGUGCAUUUCCUGAUAUUUUCCUUCAUUUCUAGUGUGCCCUCUGAGCCUGUCUUGGAAUUUUAGUGCUUUCUUAGUCACAUAACCAAUAAACUAUCAGAGCUGAAUGUCACUGUGUUCUCACAUGACCUUUUCAGCCCUGAAUGUGUUAACUCAUCAAGGCUGGGGCACCUAAGAAAAAAGGCCAUUGCUUUAUUUGAAUUAGACCACUGGUUUUCAAACCUGUCCUCGGAGCACAUUUUGAGGAUAUCUGAACUGGAGCACAGGUGACAUAAUCAUCUGAUUAGUUAACGGUUAUUUUACCUGCUCUCAUCCAAGGUAAUCCUGAAAACCUGGCCUGUUGGGGCAGCCUGAGGACAGGUUUGAACACCAGUGAAUUAGACUGAAUACCCAAGCAAGUGGGAAUGUAGCUUUUAAAGCUGUAGUAUCACAUAUUUAAAGGGAACUUACAGGAGCCCUUUCCAUGUUCGUAUAUUGUAGCCUGGAAAGACAUAUUCACAUCUAUUGCAUGUUAUAAAUAUGAAUACUUACAUCAUAGUAGCAGUAGUUCUCACACUGUACUGUUAGACUCUUCCAAACACAUUUUUAUUUAAUUUGAACUACAUCAUAUGUGUGGGCUGUUAGUAAUGUGUCCCUAUUUGCUAGUAGUUCAUAGAAUGCUUAUUACAACAAGCUGUCUUAAUCAGUGGUUGAAUGCUUUUUUUUUUUUAUAUAUAAUCUAUAUUCCCUUUCCUGAAAGAACAAAAUUUAGUUCCUGUGACAAACCAUGAUACUGCAGCUUUAACAAAGUAAUAUUAAACUGUAACAUAUCUUCUAAAUAUAUAUAUAAAUAUAAAAUGCAUUUAAAAUUUUAAAGAUGAAUUGCAUUAAUACAGAUGGAAGUAUUUUAUUCUUUUUUGACUUGAAGAAAUUAUAUUUCAUAUUGCAAAGAUGUUUACAAGUAUUUUAAUUUAAGUUCAGUGAACUUUUUUUGUAGCUGGGUUAAAUCUUUUUAUUUUUAGUAUGGCCGUAUGGCAAAGAACACUGUAUUAUUUUAAUAUCACACAGUUGUAGAUGGGGAAAUACAAACCAUAAGUCGCGUAAUGCUUUGAACAGUAUUCUGUUGGGGUGGAGAUUUUUAUAGGUUCUAAAGAAAAGAAAAAAAAUUACAAAAAAUUCUGCUUCACCCAGCAUUCUUUUUUCUAUUCUGUGAUAUAAAGCAUAUUUUAUUCUAUAUUAUUACAAAAAAGGAAAUGUAUAAACAUAUUACACCAACAAGAAGAAACAGUUGACUGCUUUCUAACCUUUGUAUAAAUAAAUUUCAGUGGAAUUACAAAAUUCAGUUGCACCACUAUAGUUUUCGUAUUUCUAUUUUAAUACAUUUUGUUUACCACUUUGUGUAUAUGUAGGUGAUGUUACUUGAGCGUAAUGUACUUUACUGAGCAAAGUUUUAAAAAAAAAAAAAAAGUAUAUUUUAUUUUAUGAUAAAAGGUCUUUAACCUCAUGGUCAAAUACUAAUAUUAUAUUUGCUGAGACAAGAUUUGAAAUUGUAUGAAGAGUUUUAUUUUUCUGACAUUUUAAAGUUCUACAUAAUAAAGUUAAAACUUAAGUAAUGGUGCUACUUCAUGUUUUUUUAAGUAUUUCUAUAUAAAUCAAAUAAUAAAAAAAAUCCAGAAAUGA